UCAUCUGGUUCCGUCGUCCAUCCAACUCCGCGAUGAAGAUUUGUGCCAUCGUUUUCCUUGUAAGCCUGUCCUCAACAUGGGCCGGUGAUGAACCAAAGAAGACCACCAAACGGGGUGUCUUUGGGGAAUCGCUGGGUUAUGGCCACGGCUCCGCCAUCCUCCUUGGUUCUUCCUUGGACCAUGGCCUCUCUUCGGGACUCGCGGGAUUGUCUUCUUUGGGCGGCGGCAUCGAUUUGGGCGCCCAAAUACACCGCCAGGUUACCAUUACUAAUAGAAUAGGUAUCCCGGUGCCGCAACCUUACCCUGUACCCGUCGAGCGCAGGGUUCCAGUACCCGUGCCUCACCCUGUGGCGGUACCCGUAGAUCGUCCUUACCCGGUUGAAGUACCGCGACCGUACCCCGUAGCAGUGGAAAAACCGGUACCGGUACCGGUAGAUAGGCCAGUACCGUACCCCGUAAAAGUACCUGUUAGGGUAGCGGUGCCGGUACCGGUUAAAAUAGCCGUUCCGCAUCCUGUACCGGUAGCCGUGCCGAAGCCGGUACCGGUACCGGUGGCACAUCCGGUUUAUAUAAAGAAAGCUGUACCCGUACUGGUAGGUGGUUCCGGAUUAGGAUACGGAGGGCACCACGGGCCCUCUUUUGGAGGAUACGGCUUGGGAAAAUUUUGGUAACGCGAGGGGUGAUUGGUUUAUGUGAUUUGAAGUGUACAAAGCUUAUCGUUUGUAGGAAAUGUGUAUAAUAAUAAAAAACUAGUCUAUUUUUUGUGAAAAGUUAUAUGAAAAUAUAUGCUAAAUAUUUUUGUAUUUUUUUUAGCUUUUUAAUUGACGCGUUACGCCAAAAUUAAACAUAGUAUCGGAGAUUACCACCCUAUUAUAUAAAUAAUUUUAAAAACACAAUUAAGUAAUAUUUAGAAAAAAAAGUACAACUAAGGGUUCGACGAAAACUUCCGUUUUUGGUAUUUACCCAGGUGCAUCUGUUUAAUUUCAUAGUCCAAGCUUUUUAAAAAAUAACGUUUUCAUUUAAAGCGUAGGUAGUCUUGUCAGUAUUAACACGGAAGGUUGGAAAAUACUAAAUAUUUUGAA